AUGCCCAAGACUCUCGAAAAAGCACGCAAGGCCAUUGCGAAGAAGAGAGGCGGUGCCAUUGAAGCCCUCCACGCCAAGAGUCGUGAUUCCCGCCGUCUUCACAAGGCCCAGGUUCGCGAUGAUCGUCUCGAGAAGAUGACCGAGGCCAGGCGCAAGAGGGACCAGCCUCUGAUCACUCGUAUCGCCUUUUUCCAAGAGGCUACUCGUGAAAAUGAGAACAAGCCGCUCGAGCUCUCCGCCAUCCAAAAGAAGAUUGCUGAAUUCUGCCAUCAACAUGAUGAGGAGUAUCACGAAAUCAAAAAGGCUCGUCGUCAGGGCAGGCCGCCCAGCGCCAAGGAGGAUCUUUUGAGGAUGAAGAUGGAGGCGCUUCACAAGGAAGAGCGUGAUGGUUUCUACCUUCCCGACCUUACCAAUGAAAAGACCACCGAGAUGUUGGAUCGGUGGGAUGGCAACUGGGCCUUCCUGACCAACCUCACAUGGGUCAAAAUUCAGUCCUCAGGAAGAUCCGCGCCUGCCAGCUUCCCUCCGCAGACCAACUGA